AUGAAUCCACCGCCACAACAACAACAACUGCCAUUACCACUGCAAUCGGCACGGGAUCAGAAUGAGGCUCAAGUGGGAGAGCCAGUGUAUGAACGAUUUAGGAAGCAACGACCUCUGACAUUUGAGGGGGACACUGAUCCAUUAAUUGUUGAAGAAUGGAGGUGUAGUCUUGAGAAGAUUUUUGACUUCAUGAAGUUGAUAGAUAAGGAAAAAGUGGCAUGUGCGGUGUAUCAAAUGAAGAACAAUGCAAGAAUUUGGUGGGACAUUGUUAAGAGGACCGUGCAUGUGAAUACUCUAACCUGGACGGGAUCUCUGGAGCUGUUAAACUCUAAAUACUACAAUGCUAACAUUCUGGAUGCAGAAAUGGAUGAGUUUCAAGAGUUAAAGCAAGGGAACUCUACCGUGAUUGAAUAUGCGCAGAAGUUCGAUCAAUUGUCAAGAUUUGCACUCGGAUUGGUAGCAACAGAAAAUGAGAGAAAAAGGAGGUUUAUGAAAGGUCUAAGGUCAGAUUUGGCAAAGUUAGUGGAUGCUGGUGAGAUGGGGCCAUGCACCUAUGCAUAA